AAUAAGGAGACGGCCUGUUCUAACUUCGCUCCUGAGCUGCACAGCCAGUUCCUGUCCCUCUGCCCUGACUGUGACGAGGCUGUCCAACAGGAGCAACGGAAGCAGCACGAUGCGGACCAGCACAGCCAGUCUGAGGAGAAUGAGGCUUUGCCGCAUUGCUGCGAGUCUAUCCAGCGUGAGCGCCCCUCAGAAACCCCACCAGAUCACACCCCGAACAGUGGAAGCCUGGAGGAGAGCUGCGCGGACCGCAAAAACCCCGUCCCUGAGGAGGAGAAGCCUUACCACACCCUGCCACAGGAGGGCGCCACAAAUCACAGUCACAGUCAGAGACCAACCGCAGAGACAUGCUGGUACUGCAUGAAGUCUUUAAACACAGAGGCGCUGAAGAAACUCCAGCCCAUCGCUAGAGGCAAGCGCGUCAGCUAUCAGCAUGAUCCCAGGCCUCAUUUCGGGGUCCCCCGUUCCUCCCGCUCCACCACUGUCCCGUUGUGGGGCUACGAGGGGCCCCUGAGAGGCGAGAGGGCGGCGGAGGAGGCGGAUCAGAUGAGCACCUGUCCCCACUGUCACCUGGCUCUCCCGCCGGACACUCUGCGAUGGCAUGAGACAAAAUGUCUAAUAUUCGAAGGCAUAAAAAACUCGCUGGCGAAGUGAAUGGGUGGGAGCCAGACAGCUAAAAUGGAAAACAGCUCAAAUCCAACAGAGAGAGAGAAAUGGCACUAAAGAAGAACAUAUACGUGGUUUUGAUGGCUCACUAACACUAACACAUU